AUCCUUGGCUCUCUCCUGCCAUAGUAUUAGUAUCUGUUAUAGUCCUUACACCUAUGUGGUUAAUACUGGCCACAAAAUACAAAUACACCAGAGAUGUGGUCUAUCACGGCUGGACACCGGUCAUCUGUGCUGUGGCCAUUAGCAGUGUGGGUGGCCUGAUUUUAGACUAUGCUGUGACACAUUUUCAUGGCCUGGCUGUAUUUCAACCUGUGAUAAAUGGUGUAGGAGGUAACCUGGUGGCUGUUCAGGCCAGCAGACUGGCCACGUCGUUACAUCGGGUCAGUACACCUGGGAUCAUGCCAGAAAAUGCACCACGUGCAUGUGCGAAUCCUUGCACAGCUUUCUGUGGGAAAGGACCUCAUUCAAGAACAGCCCGUGUGUUGCUUGGCUUGGUGGUACCUGGGCAUCUUCUCUUCAUGUGUGCGAUUGCUCUAGUGGGUGCAGGACAUACAACUAUCACUGCCAGGUUUACUGCUGUUUAUCUCCUAGCUGCGGUAAUACAGGUAAUCGUCCUGCUGUACCUUGCCAACUGGAUGGUGCACUUUAUGUGGAAGAGUGGAGAUGAUCCAGAUAACUUUGCUAUCCCGUAUCUCACUGCAGUGGGGGACUUCCUGGGCACCGCCCUCCUUGCCCUAGCAUUUCAAACCCUACACUGGAUGGGGGAUAAAGAUGGAGAUGUGGGAGAAUAGCUUUAAGGUGGUCCUGUUCAUUUUCAUUACAAUUUUUGCCAGUCACAGUAUUUAAGCAUGAAAUUGUUGUUUCAGCAUUCAGUUUUUUGACAGAAGGGAGCUGAAUACAGUUAUUGUUUUUAACUCCCUUGACAAAGAGCAUCUGGUUAAAGCAGUUUGAACACUGCACUAUUGAAGGUAUAGAGAAAGUAUGAGGUAUGAGGUAUAGAGAAAGAGGAGAACGUAGUACUUGGGCUAGAGAUUUUCCUAUACUUGGUGCUGUUUGUAAUGUUCUGGUCAGUUCUAGUCGAAAUCCUUUAAACUUUGUGCUGGAUAUAUACUAGGCAAUAGAAAAAAGCAGCUGUUAGAGAAAAAGAAGAUCUGAAUCCUUUUUUUUUUUUUUUUUUUUCGAGUGGGAGGGGGUUUAUACAUGAAGCACUGCUUCACCCAGCAAUAAACCUGAGAGUAGUAUGUUCAACUGCUGGGUAAAUUGUGAUCACCAUAGUGAUGGACAUUGCCUGGGUUGACUGCCUUCAGCCUGGUCCUAGCAUUCGAAAUCCAAUACUGGGUAUCAAAGAAAAAAAAAUCCCAGAAAACAUGUUUCUUAGUUUUUAUCUUGAUAUUACAACAGAUGAACAGUGCGC